AUGGGUUCCAGCAACAAGAAGAAGCGCGAGAAGCAAAAGGACUUCCAGAAACCGAAGUUCAAGGUGGGGAAGGAUAAGCCAAAAGCGUCCAAUUUCACAGAUACAAGUUUCAAGUCAAAAGGUGAGGAGAUUUGCCUUUCAGCAGAACCCCCCAUCAAUCCAGUGGGAACACAUGCGGUUCUCGCCAAGCUGCUUCCACUCAUCUCAGAUAGCUCGACGCCAGUUCGAAGCCAACUUCUCAAGCUUUUCAGAGAGCUACCCGCAGAAGAGGUCAGACACAGUGUGGAGCAAGCCAUCAUGUUUAUCCGGGCGGGCAUGACACACCUCUCGGCGGACAUCAGCAAUGACUCUCUUGGUGUAAUGGAAUGGAUUUUGGAUGUUGCAGAGAACGACUUGAUCGUAUGUCCUGGAGGUUGGGUAAAGACCCUAAACAGUUUCUGUGCCAUGAUGGGGUGGGCAUUGACCACCCCAAAAGCCGGAUGGUCUUCUGGCUCAAGAUCUGGUCUGCGGGCAAAAGAUGCUUCCACAUAUGCCCGACAAAUCGCCAUGCUAUCACGGUUCUUGGAGGCUGGCCUUCGGCCAGAAGCUGAGAUUCCCGAGGACGAGUCAGAGAUAUGGGACAACUUAUAUCGAAUCCCACAAGACUCGAAUGCAUUCGAAUAUCUCAAUCUUUAUGGUACUCGACGAGACGAAGAGGGGGAAAUGUAUCCCAGUCGGGAUGCCAGACAACGAGUAUUUGAGCGAAGGUUUUUGGAGGCAGUGCUGAAGGGUACAGACCAAGCAAAAAAGGAGGGUGGUGCUACUGGUCGAGCGGCGGCUGGCCUCGACAAAGUUCUUCAAGAUGGAAUGGGCGAAUAUGAAAGUUCGACGGCAAUGGAUACCCAGGAUCUCCUGAGCCUCUGGUGA